CAAGCGCCCGCUGACACAGAUUCAAAAUGGACGCGAUAGGAAGACUUUUGCGACCUCCAAAUUUAAAAUCUGUUACAGACGGAGUAAAAUCAGUAUUUAUACCGCAUUUUAUUGCAAAUAUUUUACUUUCAACAUCAUUUUUCAUUUUGAAAACGCUUCCACCGAUAUGUGAGUUCUUAUUUGAGGAUUGCUCUCUUGAACUCAAACAAUGGGAGUGGCUGACUUUCCUUGGCUGUGUUAUUGUUCUCAAGAAUAGAAAACAAGUGACAGUAACAGACUACUUGUCAGUGGCUUGCAUGUUUGCCAAAGUGUUGAAUCUAGUCUUAUUUUACCAAAUCAGCGUGCCAUAUGCAUUUGUUUAUGGUAUAUUCUGUCUAUUACAUUUUGUGUUCCUGCCAUUGCCAGUGUACAAAGGUCCAGAAUUUGUUACUUACUUCAGAGGACCUCAUUUAAAGAAUGAGAUAGCUCGAGACAAGCGUGUUACAUGGGUGAUAUGUUUUUACGCAGCAUGGUCACCGCCAUGUGUUAAUUUAGCUCCAGUAUUUGCUGAGAUCUCGAAUGAGUAUCAUUUAGACAAUUUACAGUUUGGAAAGCUGGAUGUUAGUAAGUUUGCAGAUGAGGCAGAAGAGUACAAGGUGAAUACAUCAUCAUUUUCCAAGCAAUUACCAACACUUAUACUAUUCCAAGAUGGCAAGGAAAAAAUGAGAAGACCAGCCAUGAGUGCAAAAGGAACUGUUGUCAAAUAUGUAUUUACCGAGAAAAACAUAAUCAAUGACUUUGAGCUGAACGAAGUGUAUAAUCAGUGCAAGAAGAUGCUACCCAAGGCAAAAAAGGACAAAGAUGUCCAACAGGAGAAGAAAGAAAAUUAAGAACUUGAAUAUUUCAUAAAGUUGUGUCAUAUGUUUCACCUCUGUUCUUUCAUAUGCAAUAUUUUAGUCAGGAAUUGGGUUUUGGAAUUUGAUGUGGAGACAAUUUUUGGUGCAGUUUAUUAUCUGGCAAAACCUGGUUGUUUGUUGUUUAUUUGUUUACAUGUUUAAGGCUGGAUAAAAAAAAAAUCAUAGACUUUUCUUUCAUGAUUCCAGAACACAGGUAGCAUUUUAGCAUUUAUUACAUUCAAGAGUAUGGGGAUUUCAGCAUUUAAAAGAUUUGAUCCAUGUUUUGAAAAACAAAUUGAACAUUCAUGCAAGCUGAAUAUCUCUGCACAGUUUGCUAUUCAGUCAGUAAAUUUUCAGUGAACACCCCUUUGAAUAAUAAGUGGUACUGCCAAUAUUGAAUGAUGGACCUGACCAUUUAAGAAAUAUAGCAGGGAAAGGGUUAAAGACUGAAGAGGCUAACAAAAGAGAAAAAAAGUCAUUGUGAGACAAUUAAAUUAAUGUUUCCAUCUGUCAAAAAUGAAAAGGUGAUGUCAGACAAUACAGCACUUAUACAUACAGAAAAGGUGACAACUUUAUUUGUAUUGCCUUUCUACUUGUAAGGGUAUGGUGAAGUGUUUAUGCCUUCAGGUACUUUAAUGACAGGGAAAGUAAUUGGUCAAACAUCAGAUUGUAUUAUAUAAGGACAUUGUGAUACAUCAAUUGUUUUAUGUCAUAAUACAUUAGUUGAUUUUUGUUACAUUCUUUAGAUGUCAAAUACAAAUGUACCAUACACUGUUGCAUAAAAUUUCAAGUCUUACAGGGUGUCAAUUGUAAGACAUAUGAAUUUGUUUUAAAUUGUUUUUUUCCACAUUAUACAAUGUAAUACACAUUUAUAGUUGGUCCACUCUUUUCUUUUAUUUUCUGUUUUGUAUUAAAAGGCAUAAUAUUUUGAUCUUUGAAUAAUUGCAUUGUUAGUAUGAGGCCCAUACAGAAAUCUUAAUUCAGAUAUGAAGUGUUAGCAAAAUUGAUUGGUGCUAUUGAUGAAUGGAUCAAAUAAAGUAGACAUCACCAAAUUUGAGCAGUAUAGGUACUGAAAGUUUAACCUGCUAAAUUUAUAUAAUUAACUUGACCAUCUCCCAAUUUGGACAGUACCAUUAACUGUAAAAAGGGAUGUUUACCAAAAAAAAAAAAAAGAUAUCGACUGAAUGGCAAACAGUGCAGAUCUUGAUCAGACUGCAUGGAUAUGCAGGCUGAUCAAGAUCUGCUCUGGUCGCAAAGAGAGAAUCAGUUGUGUCCAGCAUGAUAAAGGGUUAAUUAUUUGAAAUAAAGCAUAUGCUACUGUGUUCACUUAAAAGUUCCAUAAGACUUUAAAUUUUAUGUUAGAAACAAAUGAAACAGCUGUCCAAAUAGAUGAUAUGCACAAUUACAUGGUCAGGAAAAUGCUACUUUUAAAGUCUGUACAUGAACGUUUACAGUUUGAGCCAUAAAGGGAGGUAAUCAAAAACAGUAAAUGCAAAAUACACUUUCUGCAAUAUUCAUCAAAUUUCAAACCUUUAACAAAUUUAAGAGAAAGAAAGUUAUAAGAAUUAGGAUUUAACAACGUAAUUUUUAAAUUUAUAGUUUCUGUAUUCAUGACGUAAAAUGUGGCAGCCACAUUUCAGAUAAAGGCAUUGUGAGCAUUUAACAAAUUAUAGAAAACUUUACUGUUAGUGCAUAAGUAAUUCUGUCUUAUUAUCAAAACUUUCAUUUUUAUGCUCCCGAAGGGAGGCAUAUAGUUUUUGAACCGUCUGUCGGUCUGUCCGCUAUUUUCGUGUCCGGUCCAUAUCUUUGUCAUCCAUGGAUGGAUUUUCAAAUAACUUGGCAUGAAUGUGUACCACAGUAAGACGACAUGUCGCGUGCAAGACCCAGGUCCGUAGCUCAAAGGUCAAGGUCACACUUAGACAUUAAAGGUCAUUUUUCAUGAUAGUGCAUUGAUGGGCAUGUCCGGUCCAUAUCUUUGUCAUCCAUGGAUAGAUUUUCAAGUAACUACGCAUAAAUGUGUGGCACAGUAAGACGACGUGUCGCGCGCAAGACCCAGGUCUGUAGCUCAAAGGUCAAGGUCACACUUAGACGUUAAAGGUCAUAUUUCAUGAUAGUGCAUUGAUGGGUGUGUCCGGUCCAUAUCUUUGUCAUUCAUGCAUGGAUUUUAAAAUUAUUGGGCAUGAAUGUGUACCACAGUAAGACGACAUGUCGCGCACAAGACCCAGGUCUGUAGCUCAAAGGUGAAGGUCACACUUAGACGUUAAAGGUCAUAUUUCAUGAUAGUGCAUUGAUGGGCGUGUCCGGUCCAUAUCUUUGUCAUUCAUGCAUGGAUUUUAAAGUUAUUGGGCAUGAAUGUGUGGCACAGUAAGACAACGUGUCGCGCACAAGACCCAGGUCCGUAGGUCAAAGGUCCUAAACUCUAACCUCGGCCAUAACUAUUCAUUCAAAGUGCCAUCGGGGGGCAUGUGUCAUCCUAUGGAGACAGCUAUUGUUUGUUUUGAUGAUACAAUGUACUUUGUAUGCCCUCCUUUGAAAAAAGAGGAGGUAUAUGUUAUUAUUGUUUUGUUCAUUUUCGGUUGGUCUGUAUAUGUUUUGGAUUCUGAUAAAAAAAAACUCAAAAUUGCUUUGGCCUACAGUGGUAAAUCUGCAUAGGAUUAUCGCAUGUGGUCUGCAGAUUACCUUUGAUGUUUUUGGCAUCAGUUGGUCAACAGUCAAUCACUUUGAGACAUAAAUUAGUUUCCACUCGAUAACUGGAGAUUGCCCUACAGUAGUCAAGAUUUCAUAGGAUGAUUGAAUGUAGUCAGUAGAUUACCCCUAUUGUGUAUGGUCAAUAAAUCAGUGGUCAAAGUCACAAUAACCUGGAGACUAAAACAUUUUCUGGUUUACAGAUGGAGAAUGAUUGGGACUGUCAAACUUCAUGUGAUGAUUGCCUGUGGCUACUAAAUGACAUUUUUCUUUUUAGGAUCAGAUGGUAAAAGAUCACAGUGACAUUUAGAUUAAAAGAAAAAUCUAUCAAUAACUGGAGAACGCUUCGGCCUACACCCCAUCAUCUUUGAAGCAGGAUGUCUAUGGUCAUCAAAUGACCCUGUUUUUGGAAAUUAA